AUGCAGCUCGCGGCGCACGUCCCCGUCGCCCCGCGGGCGCGCUGCGGCGCCGCCGCGGCGCCCCGCGCCCGCGCGGUGCGUGUCCGCGCGGCCCAGUCUUGGAUGUCGCAGCGCCCGGACGCGGCGACGGACGACAUCCGCGACACGAUCAAGCACACGCGGCUGAUCACGGCGCUCAAGACGCCGUACCGCCCGGACGGCUCGAUCGACAUGGCGGCGUACGACCGCCACGUGGAGAACCAGCUCGCGAGCGGGGUUGAGGGCUUCAUCGUGGGCGGCACGACGGGCGAGGGCCAGCUGAUGCACUGGGACGAGCACGUGAUGCUGAUCGCGCACACGGUGAACAAGUUCGGCGGGCGCGCGAUCGUCAUCGGCAACACGGGGUCGAACAGCACGCGCGAGGCGCUGCACGCGUCUGAGCAGGGGUUCAACGUCGGCAUGCACGCGUCGCUGCAGAUCAACCCGUACUACGGCAAGACGAGCCCGAAGGGCAUCGUGAGCCACAUCAGCGCCGCGCUGGACGUCGGCCCGGGGAUCGUGUACAACGUGCCUGGCCGGACAGGGCAGGACAUCCGCCCAGACCUCAUCCGGACGCUGGCGGAGCACCCGAACUUCCUGGGCGUCAAGGAGUGCGCGGGGCGCGAGCGGAUCAAGACGUACAGCGCGGAGGGGAUCAUGUGCUGGAGUGGGAACGACGACGAGUGCCACGACUCCCGCCACUACGACGGCGGCCUGGGCGUCAUCUCCGUCGGGUCCAACAUCCUCCCGGGGGUGUGGGCAGAAAUGAUGAAGCAGGAAUCGCCAGAGCUGAAUGCGUCCGUGCAGGAGCUGUGCGACUGGCUCUUCCACGAGCCCAACCCGAUCCCCGUCAACACGGCGAUGGCGAUGCUGGGCCUCUGCGAGCCCGUCUUCCGCCUCCCGUACGUCCCCGUGGAGCAGGACCAACGCAAGAAGGGCAUCGAGCUGCUGACGCCAUUCCUGGACCGCAUUCCGGGCGCGAAGGGCGUGCGGGAUAUCGGCGACGAAGAGUGGGUGCUCGUGCGCCGGGCGCCCUAG